AUGUCGGACGACGAGCUUAGGCUCGUGGCCCAAACGGCCCUCACCUCUAUCGUCGCGUCGCGCAAAUUCAAAACCCCCGCAACGUCUCUCGAGCUGCUCACGACCGUGAUGACCACCAAGAUCCCAGCCGGCCUAUUCCCCCACUCCCCUGCGCCCAAGUUUAAGCUCGCAGACCUCAAGCGGUUCGAGCGCAUCCUAGAAGAUAUCGCCGACAUAUGGACGGAGGGGGUAAUCGCUUUCUCUCGAGACACGAAGACGGGGAAGAUGAUGAUCUGGGAGUUGGCGUCCUCUGAGCUAGGGGCUGGUCGUUCAGGGUUGGGUCUCCGUGGGAGUCGGAGUGGGUUUGGUGGUGACUCGAGGAAGAGGAAGAGGGUGGUGGACGAAGAUGCGGACUCGGCUGCGGGGGACGAUGAGGAGCUACUUGAGGAAGAGGACGGUGGGCAGGACACGUCUGGGUCGACACUGGCGAACUUGACCCCGGAGAUGAGGGAGGUGUACACGCUGAUCCAGAAACCUACAGCCAAGGGUAGGCUACUUGCUGAACAGUUCCGUUCAGAAGGAGAGAAGUUCGAACCCAUCUGCACCCACAUCACUAAAGACGACUGUGCGAAGGCACGACGUGCCCUCCAAUUCCAGCAUCUUCCACCCUCCACCUCUGCGCAGCAGCUUCCGCCCCCAGGUAUCUGCGACCGCGUCCACUUCCGGCCGCUCAUCCGACCUCAUACCGACGUGACGUUAGGACACUGCUCCUACCUUAACACAUGCUACUCUGAGCCGACGUACGCGCAGUCUCCUUCAAUACCCCCCUUCCCUGGGACGGCCCAUAGCCAUGGAAUGGCCCCACCGAACACAAGAGGCGCGGUGUCACUUCCUUCUGGAUUAGGUGCGGGUGGGAGAGGCAAGGAGAAGGCGCCAUGUAGAUAUUUGCAUUAUGAGGUUGAUUGGGACGGAGGUGAUGGUGAGUGGAGGAGGGAGCGGAAGCCGAGGAAGGUGCACCGUCUGAGCCUUGGGUUGGGGCCGACUGGGAAGGUUACGAAGCCGCUGCCUCCACAAUGGAUAAACUGCGACCUCAGAACAUUUGAUUAUUCGGUCCUGGGCAAAUUCCAUGUUAUCAUGGCUGACCCACCAUGGGAUAUUCACAUGAGUUUGCCUUAUGGAACCAUGAAAGACGACGAGAUGAGAGCCAUGCCCAUACCCACCCUCCAAGACGAAGGAUUCCUCUUCCUCUGGGUGACAGGCCGUGCCAUGGAAGUCGGCCGCGAAUGCCUCCAGGUAUGGGGUUACACCCGCAUCGACGAGGUCGUCUGGGUCAAGACCAACCAGCUCCAACGCGUCAUCCGCACAGGCCGCACAGGCCAUUGGCUAAACCACACGAAAGAGCACAUGCUUGUGGGCGUCAAGACUAUCACCGACUCGUCUGGGGCGCUCAAGUUCCCAUCAUGGGCGAACCGUGGUGUCGACACGGAUGUGAUCGUCAGCGAAGUGCGUGAGACGAGCCGGAAGCCAGAGGAGGUAUAUGGGCUCAUCGAGAGGCUCUGUCCGGGUGGAAGGAAAGUGGAGAUUUUUGGUAGGAAGCAUAAUACGCGGCCUGGAUGGUUGACGCUGGGUAACCAGUUGGGACCGGACCAGAUAUACGAGGAGGAAUUGGCUAUGAGGAUCAAAGCCAAAUACCCUGACCGCCCGAUCAAUGUGCCGACACCUUACAGGAAAGCGCAGGUGCUGCCUUGA